GAUAAACUGGUGAGGCACAUCUGAGCGUGAAGGUGCCAAACACUACAGUUUGUACGUGAAGUAAGACGUAUUGUUGCUUUCAAGGGAUCCACUACAUGUCUGGAAAUGUUACGACAGGCCUGAGAAAGGGAAAACAACCAUCACAUGUUUGUUGACAUGAUGGACUUUCAUCUCAAAAGCAGGUCGUGGUUUCCUCUGAGAUGAUGGAGGACAAGGACAGACUUUGUCCUGGGAUGGAGGAGAGUGAGGUGGACGUACAGACCGUACAAACCAAAGCUCAACCACAGCAGGCCAACAACAACAGACCCAACUGGUCCAAUGGUCAGUGUGUUGUGGCGGUGCCAAGCUAUUCGGCGCUGAACCCGAGCUUUGAUCUGUCUCUGUGUCGAGCCAAACUGGAGAAUGACGGCUUUCAGAUUCCAGUCGGAGACAUGGAGACUCCACUCAAGGCAGCUCUGGACGUUCCCUCAGUCAGGAGAUACAUGGUUUUCAACUCCGCAAUCUUCCAUUUUAUAAUGGCACCGGUGCUGUAUGUGGUGGUGUGGUGCGCCGUGUUCUCCACCCUCCACCUCUACAUCACCGUCAGCGACUACUGGGUCCUCUGCCUCUCUGUCAGCAUGGUCUCCAUCUUCCUCACCACGGCCAUCAUCUUCAUCCUCCACCACAGUAACAAGGAGAUCAACAUGAACAUAGACGUUCGGUUAAUCCAGGUGAAUGAGAGGAUGGUGAAACACAAGCUGCUGGUGGCCGUGGCCGACUGGGUGCAGUCCUGCACCGGACACAUGCAGCUGCACUUUGUGUACUGGGACAUGUCCCGCUGUCUGAGGGCACUGACUGAAACUUUAGAGGAGCGCAGCUUUGUGGCAAGCGAGACCCAGAAAAAAAUGAAGAAGAAAAUGUUACAUCUCGUCCUCGUGACAGAGGACACGGCUGUUGACCCCGAGGCCGGAGGGUUAGAUGUGGAUCAGGACUCGGACGAACAGAGGCCUCUGCUGAGACAUGAGGACACGGGUUGCAGUACGGCAUCCAACCAGCGGGAGGGCGCCAAAGUCACCACCAACAUCAGCCUCAUCCCUGAUGCAUCGUUACCUGCUCAGGCUCAAGCCUACCAGCUUCUGAUGACCUACAGUGCAGCUUAUGUGAAGCUGCUGGUGUCUGAGAGGCUGUCAGGACCGUCACAUUACCGCCUCCGCUCCCAGAGGAAUCACUGCACCACCGCCCCUCUCUGCCUCUGCCAGUACAUCACAAAGAAGAUCAUUCAAUAACAGAACCGGUGACAAACCAGGAACCUGGUGGACUAAACUCCCUUUAAAUAUAAAAAACUUUUGCUUUGCACCCAUGCUCUUGAACAAACUGAGAUAAAGUGUCUCCUCUGGAGCAAACACGAAUUAUGCUGUUUUGAUCAAAUGAACUAACCUGUCCGGAGCUUCACCCUCUUGAUUUCUCUGUUUUUGAGUCUCUGGUCUGCAGCUUGUCUUCACGCCAGCUCUAUGUUUGCACCACCUGGACAGUCCCAACAAUUUCUGCACCAUGCCAAACGCUGUCUGAUCCGGCUGCUGUAAAACAAUAUUUGCACUCCUGUACACAUGACAAUCACGACCUUAGUUAAGGCUGUUUAAGUUAUUUGCACAAAUAAAAAAUAUAGAUUCUCAUAAUUCAUCUUUGUGGUUGAACUGAAGGCAGUGUUGGAAAUUAACAGUUCUUUUCUCUCAAAUUCUGUACUUUGGGACAAUGUCAAGGUACUUUACUUACUUAUUAAUUUACAUUUUAUGCUAUUUUUUAGUGCAAUUUUUUAUCUCACUACAUUUAUCUGACAGCUAUAGUGACAAGUUGCUUUUCAUACGAAGAUUUUAUAUAAAAGAAAGGAUGGUAACCUUAUAAAAUACAACACAUUGUUAAAUAUUAAUAUAGUUUUUUUCCAGUUAUUUUGGCUUGUGAGCUUUUACUUAAAGUCAGUGUCUAGUUGGUGCCUCUAUUUGAUUUAAAUAAGUAGAAAUACCUAAAUGUUAAAAAUACUUUGAAUUUUAAGUAUGAAAAUGAAAAGUACUCUUCAUGCAACAGAAUGAGACAUCUGUUAAAUUGUAACUGCACUCAAAUUGUUAAUAUAUAUUAUAUAAUUGGAUUUAUGGUAACACCUCAAAUUGACCAUCAUUAAUAAAUGGUUAAUUUUUAAUGUAAGUUAAAAGUUAACAAAUUUUUCACUGAUAACAAAUAAUGAAACUGUAAUAUAGUGUCGGGGAAGUAGGUUUAAAUAACUGUAGAGGUUGUCGUAUGCUGUAGAUUACCCAAUGAGGCAAACUGUAAUUUGUGAUAUUGGUAAUAAUAAUAAUGUAAGGGACAUUGUUCAUUAAUCAACAUGCAAACCCAUGUAAAUAAGUAAGCUAAAAGGCUUGGCAGUCCAUUUGCCUAAUGUUUGGCAUCCUAAAAUAAUAAAAUACUACAGUAUGUAUUGUAUACAAUAGUUAAGAAACAUACUAUAUCGUGGUAAAAAAUAGGAGAUGAUACAGGUAAAAUACUUUAAUUUUAAAGAUCUAUAAAAUAUCAUCAGUGUUGAAAUUGUUGGUCUGAACACUACAUUUACAUAAAAAAAUUACACUACACUACAUUUAAGAAAAACAUUUUUUUUGUUUAUUUAAAUGAUUUGUAAUGGAGUAUUUUUAUGUUGUUGUUUUGGUACUUUUACCACUGUUUGGAGGAUUGAUAGUUGAUGUGUGGACAAAGACAGCAGAAGCAUGAAAUGAAAGAGAGAUUUCCCCUGAUGCAGCUGUGUAAUGACGCUGAAAGCAGGUUAACACGAAUCACCAGCUUUAGUUUCCUGGAUAUAUUACCUCAGAUAUCAGCGACAGAAACAGCACCAGAGUGUUUGUUUUAGUGUUUUCACACCUUCGGUUUUAUGUGUAGGUGGUUCAGAUAUCUAUGCAUUUGUGUGUGCAGGACACUGUGUUUUUUCUCAUAUAUUACCAGCGAUUACCCAUCAGUCCUGGCGCUGCGGCUGAGAUGACAGCCCAGCGAGAGAGCUGCAGGAUGACACAAACACACAGCGAGACAGCCAGCGUGGCUGACCUGGGGGAAGCUGGGAUUGUGUGAUGGAGGAGCGAGGCAUGCAGCGUGAGGCCAAGUUAAACGAUCUCAGAGACGCUGGCUGUCCUCGGGGGGCUAAAUGGCCAUCUGUGAUCCUCCACACACAGGCUGGCUCAGCUCCCACCUUUAGUUUCUCCAUCUUUUCUAUUGGCCAGUUUGUUUGGGCCCAUACUUUACCUCAUCAGAUAGAUGAUUUAAGGCUAUGGUUUUAUUAUAACAACAGCUUAUUUUACUGUUAGUCCACUUUGUGAGGUUGGGAGGGCCUUGUCUCUCCUCAGCUCCCCUACCUCAACAGUGUGCGACACUAAUGUUAGCUUAGCAGAGGAGUCUGCAAAUGGCCGCUACCCAAAGUAGGGUUCAAGACUGAGUCCACAUAAGCACAAAAAUAAAGAGUUUUAUUUAAUAAUGAAAAAACUGACCAUGAGCUGGAUUUCUUGUUCUUGGAAGAAAUCUUAGCUUGCCUUUAUUUCCUUAGCUUGAUAUCUCAGUGGAAUGUUUAGUUAGUUGGCUUGCUUGCAAAAAUUAUUAACCAGCUAAUGUGAUCCAUGAUACUAACUUGUGUAUAAUGACAUAUGGUGUUGAUUUAAAGCAACAAUAAAUUAUGGUAAAGGUACAACAAGUGUAUAAAAAACAUUUUCUACUAGCUAAGAACACAAGACAGGGGUGACCAAAUAGCUAACUGUUACCUAAGCUAAGAUAAGAUAAGCCCGCAAGCUG